UGGAGUGCGUGGGGUAUGUCAGAGCAUUUAAGGUGAUAUGGCCAUCCAAUACAGCUGAGGUAGUCUCCAGAAGUAACGAUUUUUCAUGCCACUGGAUUCCAACUUCUGAGGCCGAGAGAAUGGGAUCAUCUCUGUGCAAAGGUUUUCCCACUAAAAUAUUCUUCACGCACAGGUUAUGUUGUGCAAAAAAAAAAGAAGUUGGUAAUGGGAGCAUGGAACAUCCAUACGCUCAUGGACAGUGAGGACACAAUAAGACCACUUUGGAGAACAGCCUUAGUCACUAAAGAGCUUUCACACUAUGGUAUUGAUAUCUCUGCCUUGAGUGAAACCAGGCUUGCUGAAGGAGGAUUUCUCACUGAACUAGCUAGUGGUUAUACCUUCUUCUGGAAAUGGAAAGCGCAGAAUGAGGAUAGGAUCCACAGCAUCGGCCUGGCCGUCAAGACUAGUCUGAUGAAACAACUUUUGGACCUGCCUGUCAGUAUUAACGAGAGGCUCAUGAAGCUACACCUACCCCUCAGUUACAAGCGGUAUGCAAUAGUCAUCAGUGCAUACGCUCCCACCAUGAACAGCACAGAGGAGACAAUUGAGCAGUUCUACAUCGACCUCAGUUCCGUUCUGUACUCAGUGCUGGUCAACGACAAGUUGAUCUUGUUGGGAGACUUCAAUGCCUGAGUUGGCUGCGACCACAGUUGAUGGGAGGGAGUGUUAGGAAAACAUGGCAUUGGCAAGAUGAACAGUAACAACCUAUUGCUUCUGAGCAAAUGUGCAGAACAUGACCUCCUCAUCACGAACACUGUGUUCGGAAUGGCAAACAAAUACAAGACUACCUGGAUGCACCCUAGAUCGAAACAAUGGCACAUGAUAGAUUAUGUCAUUGUUCGUCAACGUGAUAUUCGUGAUGUCCUUAUCACCAGAGCCAUGCGAGAAGCAGAGUGCUGGACUGACCAUAGGCUUGUCUGCACCAUUUUCAAAAUACACAUCGCUCAGCAUCACCCAAAGCUCCCAAAGCUCAUCCGUACAGCCUUUAACAUUACCAGACUCCAGCAGCCUUCUCAUCUGCGCAAGUUCCAGUCAAGCCUUGAUGAAAAGCUGACAGCCAAUGGACCAUUGAUUGGAGGUCCAACUCAGAAGUGGAGCCAGUUUAGAGAAAUAGUGAUGGAGACAGCGAAGUCAGUGCUUGGUCCCAAGAAACGCAAUCAUCAAGACUGGUUUGAUGAGAACAACAGUGCUAUUGAGGACCUGCUUGCCAAGAAGAACAAGGCAUUUAUGGAGUAGCAGAAUGACCCAGGCUCUAUCUCUAAGAAAGACCAGUUUA